CGUCUGUAACGUGAUCAGGAAGCUUGAACCUUUGUAACACUGUGGUGGGAGUGAGAGCUGGUCAGUGAUGGUCUUCAGGAGAGUGACGGACGAGGGGCAACUGUUCAGGUUGGCUGAGACUCUCAAGCAAGACUUCCCAUACUCCUGCACGAUGCACAACAACCUGCUGUUUCACGCUCGACGGUUGUGCUCCACGGGAACUUUCUACGUGUUGGAUGAUUCACCAGAUUCUCACGUCGUCAUGUGGCGGAACAACGACGUGGCUUCUCAGUUCACCGUCUAUUGCCGGGAACGUGAGGUGUGCCAGCUGCAGAAGGCGCUGAAAGAGACGCCCCUGGUGGACUGGCAUGGGAACCUGCACAUAGGGUGUAUGCCUCACUACCUGCUGGGCCCCAUCAAGGAGGUCACCCACCACCUAGGACUCAGCCUCGACAGCGUCCAGUGUCACACCUUCACCUACCACCCUCACCUGGACACUCAGCCCCUCAGGUGUAGGGCGGGGUUCUGUGUCCGUCUGCUGGGUAAAGCCGGUUUGCAGCACCUCUUGGAGACCAGCCAGUACGCUAAGGACUCGCCUCUGCAGACCAUGUGGAGAUUUAUCCAAAAAGUGCCGUCUGCAGGCGUGUAUUUGGACCAAACCGUUGUGGAGGACACGUCGGUGGAGCUGGGCGACAUAUUAGCUGCUAGAAAUGAGGUCGUCCCCGUGUCCUGGAUUGCCUCAUCCACGUAUGGUGCCCUGGGCAUGCUGAGGACCGAAGAGGACUACAGGGGCAUGGGUCUAGCUCGUCUAGUGUCCAGGGUAACGGCGAGGCUACAGGCUAGCCAGGGCUACUUACCACACGUCCUUGUGAGCAUCAACAACACGACCUCACGAGACUUGUUCACACACAUGUCUGGGUGGCGUCACUCUCACUUCUCUUUCAUGAUGUCGACUGACUUUACCAACAUUAACUACUAUUAGUUUCCCUCUGCAGUGUAGUGGACAAUAGGCAUCCCAGUUUAUUUCACCUAAGUAAUUUACUCAAUGUAACUAUGAGUGUUAGAAACGUAGACGGCAAGCUUGUCUGUGAAGCUUGUUUACGUCUGUUUCUCGUGAGUGAAGACUUGAGUAGAGACUUAUCGAGGGAGAACGGAAUAUAUCUGAAACCUCCCUCGAGGGAAGACGGAACCAGCAACAAUGGUUCUCAAUAACGUCUUCCUCUAGUGAGUGAUAUCAAACUACUGCCCGUCAUAGGUAGUCAGAGAGCCAGUUACUUAAUGCUUAACUCAGCACUAAGUGACGCAACUUCCCGUGGGCACACCUUAACACGUGCUCUGAAAAUAAGUCUCAAAGCUAGUGGAAAGUUACAGGGGAUGAUAGGGUAUAUAAAUCUUAUGGGAUUAACCCAUUUAUAUAAAUAUUUCUGCCUAUAAGACAGGGGCUAAUACAUGGGGUUAGGCUAGGCUAGGCUAAGCUAGUCUAGGUUAAGUUAGGUUAGGAUUGGGGUGUUUAUUCGUCAUUUGAAGUAAGCGGGGGUUCCUAAUCAUCAUAUAUCCAAUCUUUGUUCUAACGAAAGAAAGUCAUCAAGAAUUAGUCACAAAGUGUGAUGACACUGUGGGCUGAUGUAUCAUGUGCCUAGCACCGCCUCCCCCUCUACCGAGUGUUAAGCUGUGGCAUUAAUGUUCAAAGCAGUUAAUGGGUGGUUAGGUUAGGUUACCCUCCUCUUGGUGACUUGGUUAGGUUACCUUCCCCCUCGUCUCUUAGCCUCGGGCAUAUAGAGAGAGAGCUCACAGACGAUCCAUUAGCCCAUCUGUUACUACAAGCUCUCACACCUGUAGCUAAUUAAGAGAUAUAACCACAAACCAAUAUUAAUCAUGUACAAUUUACAAAAACAAAAGUCAAACAAGAUAGUCUUUGUCUUAAUCGUCAAGAAAACUUGUUUAUCUGUCAAUCCUGUAUAUUGUGUACUGUCUCCAGCCUCUAGAAAAUUUGUUUUAUAAAACUGUCAGUCCUGUAUAUUGUGUACAUGCUGUCUACAGGUGGUGAGGAAGGUGUAAGUACAAUGUAUUUUUUUUUACUCAUUUCUGGGGAUAUCUGUUUGGCCACGAAGUCUGGGAGAGUAAACAAGCUGCCUUCUCACGUCUCCUAUUGUGCCCCUGUGGUGAUGUGCACACUGGUGAUGUUGUAAUGAGACAAAAUCUCACAUGAAGAGGUAAGUUAGGAGUUUAUAGUAGUAGAGUAUUAUAG